AAUUAUACCUCAACCUCCUCUUUCUACAAUAUUUAGCACUACAGAAUUACGAAAUAGUUCACCAAAAAAAAAAAAAAAAAAAAACAGAAUUACGAAAUAUGGAGCUCAAGUACUUCUUCCUCCCACUCGUUGCUUCAAUUUCCUUCUUCUUGGUCGGCUACGAUUCCGCUGUCACGAAAUAUGGAUGGACCGCAGUCCAGAAGAACCUCCACGUCACGAACCGUCAAGCCGACGUGGCGGUGUGUGUUAGCGACGUUGCCGCAAUCGUCAGCGUCGUCGUGGCCGGCCUGCUUGCGGAUCGCUUCGGGAGGAAAUACACGCUCGCCGCAACGGGUGGCUUCUUCUUCUUGGGCAACUUGCUCAAGUCUUUCUCGAUUUCUUCUUACCCUCUUCUCUUCGCCGGCCAACUGUUGUCGGGCUUUGGGGUCGGCUUGGUGCUCACCAUCGCGCCUCUCUACAUCGCCGAGAUGUCUCCGGCUCCGACUCGAGGUUUACUAACCUCCGCCCCUGAGGUGUGGCUCAACAUGGGAAUUAUAUUCGGCUACAAAUUUUAUUCGAUGUUCUCACGGUUCCCUGCCGGGGUGGGACAGAGAGUAAUGUUCUUGAUAGCCGUUUUUCCUUCUGUUCUGCUGACGUCAUGCAUGUGUCUGAUGCCAGAGUCCCCGUACUGGCUGAUCAUGCGACAUCAGCAGGUCAACGAAGCCACCCAGAUCCUGGAAAGAACUAGGCGGAGCCAGACGGAAACCAACCACAUCGUAGCGCAGUUGGGACUGGAAGCCAACAACAACAACAACACCAGGACUCGGCGGAUCGUGUGGAGGGAUUUCAUUCAGCUGCCUCAAAAUCGACGCAUCGUCCUCACCGUGGCGGGUUUGAACGUUCUCCGCCAGCUCUCCGGAGUCGACACCCUGACUGCCCAUGCCGUACUGGUCAUUUACGAUAACGUGUCGACGAAACUUCUGGAUGUGGCUAACGGGGUCGUACUCAUGCUGAGAGCGGUUUCGGUGAUGUGCUCCAGCCUCGUGGUCGACAGAGUCGGGCGCAGGUUCUUACUCCUGGCUAGCAUGUGCGCCUCGUGCUGCUUCCUGAUGAUGUUCGGCCUUCCAGUCGUCGCCGUCCAGCACGGAUUGAUCGCGGCAUCGGAGAGCGACAGCUACGAGGUAGUUGUGGUAGGUUUGUGCCUGCUUGGAAUAGCCGGGAUAGCAUGCUCGUUCGAGGCCGGGUUGGGGCCGAUCACCUGGAUCCACACCGCCGAGGCUUUCAAGUGCUACAGGCUGCGCGCACAAGGGAUCGGUUUCGCAGUUGUGGUUAACAGGGUAGCCGAGAUCGUGUUUGUGCUGUCCUCUCGACCUCUGGCUGGUCCGCUACGAAUUGGCGGUGUGUCGCUUGUUUUCUUCGUGGUGAUGGCUCUGGGUUUGCCUUUUUGCUCCUACUUCGUGAAAGACCAAGGAGAAGAGAUUCUUGAGUAGUUAGAUUGUAAUUCUCUUAAUUUAAAUUGUAGAACAAUCACCGAUGAUGAAAAUAAAACAGGCAUACAAAC